AUGUUUCGAACUCGACUCUUACGCUGUACUACAGGACGUGCCACAUAUCCAGUGCAUCCUCUGUAUACAGUGCAAGCAUAUAUUGUUCCUUUUCAUCUCACGGAUACUACAAGACUCCUCUCCAAUGCCACUCCGAAUCGGAUCAAAGAAUAUUUCCCCCCUCCUCAUAUCCAGGGAGUGAAAGAAGUGAAAUCUGCCUGGGAGCAUCCAAUAUACACUGAAUCGCAGAUGCGGGGAAUCAAAAUCGCCCACCGAGAAGCAACGAAUUGGUCCGACUGGGUUGCGCUGGGAACAGUCCGGGUGUUCCGCUGGGGGAUGGAUUUCGUGACGGGAUACCGCCAUCCACGCCCAGGCAAGCGCAUGCCGGCACGAUUCGAGAUGACCGAGAAGAAAUGGCUGGCGCGGUUUGUGUUUCUGGAGAGCGUGGCGGGCGUGCCUGGCAUGGUGGGGGGGAUGUUACGGCAUCUGCACAGUCUACGGCGAAUGAAGCGAGAUAACGGAUGGAUUGAAACCCUGCUGGAAGAGGCGUACAACGAACGGAUGCAUCUGUUGACGUUUCUGAAGAUUGCAGAGCCCGGCUGGUUCAUGCGAUUGAUGGUUCUGGCAGCGCAGGGCGUCUUCUUCAACGGCUUCUUCGUCUCAUAUCUGAUCUCGCCGCGCAUCUGCCAUCGGUUCGUGGGUUAUCUUGAGGAAGAAGCGGUGAUCACGUACACGCGGGCGAUUGAGGAGCUCGAGCAAGGGAAACUUCCUGGUUGGACGCAUCUCGACGCCCCGGACAUUGCGAUCCAAUACUGGAAGAUGCCCCCGGGCCAGCGGACGAUGAAGGAUCUGCUGCUGUACGUGCGGGCAGACGAGGCCAAACACCGCGAGGUGAACCACACGCUGGGCAAUCUCAAGCAAAAUGCCGAUCCCAAUCCCUACCAGACAGUGUACAGCGACACCACCAAAAGCCAUCCGAGCAAGGGGGUCGAUGUGGUCAAGGAGGGGGGGUGGGAGAGGAGGGAGCUAUUCAAUGAUUGA